UCGUCAACCAAGCUUCCUGCCGCAUUUCACGACAAUUCGUCCGCAUCAUCAAGCACAACCGCCCGUCGAUUUGAAUCUGCCACUGCCUCGAACCGCCGUCCAAUUAUUAUUUAUAGUACAAUUGCUGCCGUCAUUGCCGCUCUUUGACCAGCUACCAUGUCUCGUCGCUACGAUUCCCGCACAACCAUCUUCUCGCCAGAAGGCCGAUUGUACCAGGUCGAAUAUGCCCUCGAAGCUAUUUCACACGCCGGCACUGCCAUCGGCAUUCUCGCCAAGGACGGCAUUGUCCUUGCUGCUGAACGCAAGGUCACCUCCAAGCUGCUUGAGCAGGACACAUCUGCUGAGAAGCUCUAUGUUUUGAACGAUAACAUGAUUUGCGCCGUUGCCGGAAUGACGGCUGAUGCCAACAUCCUCAUCAACUACGCCCGCCAGGCCGCCCAACGCUACCUCCUCACCUACAACGAAGAUAUCCCCUGCGAGCAGCUUGUCCGACGCCUCUGUGAUCUUAAGCAAGGUUACACGCAACACGGUGGUCUGCGCCCGUUCGGCGUGUCCUUUAUCUACGCCGGCUGGGACCCCCGCCGAGAAUUCCAGCUCUACCUCAGCAACCCUUCGGGCAACUACGGUGGCUGGAAGGCCACCAGCGCCGGUGCCAACAACGCCAGCGCCCAGAGUUUACUUAAGCAAGACUACAAGGAAGACUGCACAUUAGACGAGGCUUGCGCGAUGGCCGUUAAGGUUCUGAGCAAGACAAUGGACUCGACGAAGCUGAGUAGCGAGAAGAUCGAGUUUGCUACGGUAGGGAAGACAGACGAUGGCAAGAUUUAUCACAAGCUUUGGAGUGCGGAUGAGAUUACUGCUCUGCUGAAGGAGCAUGAUUUGGCCAAGAAGGAGGAGGCCGAGGAGAAGUAAAGGUAUACCAAUGAGUAGCCGCCUAUGAAAAUAAAAAUAAAGAGGUCCAUGUGUAACAAUACAAUAUAAUGCCUAAAUAAGAUGGAUUGUAUGGGCUCUCUGUGUUGUCCCUCUAAGCCACCUUUUGAACUCCCCCUCCUAUUUGUAAUUGAUGAUACUCACUCAUAUCAUGCCAAAUCAGAGCGCAUGCGGUCCAUCUCAACAUUUCUGGAGCCUUGCUCCUCAUCAUCCACCCGCUGCCAGCCGCCUGAGGCCUCUGAGCCAGGGAGUGGCUGCGGCUCCGAGCACGAUGCGCUGCUCAGCUUGGGCCAAUAGCGUCUAUAACUCCAAUACGCAGCCGUCAUGCCAAUAAUAGAGCCGACGCACACAUCGUAUACAUCAUGUCGAUAGUCCUCGCAGCGAGAUAUGGCGAUUAGCAAAGCGCCGAUAGCAGGGACCAUGCAGACAAAGAAGCGUAGCAAGUUACGGCUGCUGCCAGCGUAGUUGAACACCUGGAGCUGGCCUGCUAGGAAGAGGGCAGUGAAACCGAGGCCUGCAAAUGCAAAUGAAGAGUGUCCAGAGGGAAACGAGCGGAAGCCGUCCUCCAAGCUGCGGCUGCUAGGUGCUGUGCAGACUGCAAUAGUCACUAGUGUGUUCUCUUGAGCAGACUUUGCUGGUUUGCAUCGCGCGAGUAGAUCUGGUCUUGGUCGUCCCACGGCAUUUUUAAUAAUGUCCGUAACAAAGCAGGCCAUGGUGAUGGAGAUCAGAAAUGGGAGACAUGUCGCCUCGUGUCUUGCUAAGCUCGACCUGCACACCAUGUUGUAUGCGAUGAGCGCGCCCAGCGGGAUAAAGAGAGAAUAUACAAAGUUCAUGGCUAUGAGA